AAAACCCCACACAGUUGUAAUGUUGAUUUUUUUAUCAGUGAUUAAAAUAAACUUGUUAAGCCAAAGAGGAGGGUUCUUCUGUAAGACUUGACACCCGCGCUGAGAUAAUAUGUUUUUAUAGUGUGAAUUAAAAAAAACUCCAUGAUCGGCGCAAAAACGUCCUCUUAUCGUGUUCUAAAAUGUUUAAAACAAGCCGGUAGGGAACCAUGAAGAAUAACCCACUGGAGCAAAGACCACCCAGCCUUGAGAGGGGCGACGCAGUGGAGACUAGGACAACGGCAUGCUGCAAGAGCAGGAGCAAGGUAGAUACACCCCCGCAGCCAGGAGGAGACACGAGUGACAGCAGCGAUGCUGGAGGAAGGGGGGCAUCCCAGGCAAGGCGGAAGUCAAGUGGCAUCCAGCAGACUGGGAGAAGGAGGAGGAGAAUCCAUCAGCUGGAGAAAGAAAAGCUGGAAAUGACAUCCGCAUACAACCAGCAGCUGUGCACGCUGGAGGCGGAACUAGCCCGGCUCAGGUCCUCAGUGGAGCGAGGUGAAGCCCAAAGAACAGAACUUCAGUACCAGCUGGUGGUCAGCCAGAGAGACACUCAACAAGCACGUCAUGCUAACACAACACUCACAGAUCAUGCUGCAGCGAUAAAGCAGACUGUCCGGGAGCUGCAGAAGGUUCUGGACAUGACUCAGCAUGCCAGGAAGGAGGACCAGCAUGCUUUGCAACAGGAAGUAGACGAGCGUGACGCGUUGAUUGACAGCUUGACUUUAGAGAGUGAACGACUGCAUCGCCUCCUGCAGUGUCAGGAGGAGGCGCUGGAGGUUGGGGAGAGGAGGAUGGUGGUGCUACAGAAGGAGCGAGAAAAAGACAUGGAGGCGGCACUUGCAGUGGAGCGGCGUAGCCACCAGGAGGCUCAGUGCAAGCUGGAGCAGCUGCAAGGACAGUUGAGGGAGGCGGAGAGAGAGAGGAGAGAGCAAACUGAGCAUGCUCGACAGCGGUUGCAGGCAGAGCACGAACAGUGCAAGUCUGAGCUGAGAGUCGCCUUGGAAACACAAAAGAGAAUGACCUUUAAACUCAAAGCAGUGCUCGAGGAGGAGAAGGGAGCACACACCAACACACACCUGCUCUUGAAACAGGCAGUGAAGAGAGAAGCACAUUGUCGGAAGGCUCUGGAAGAGAUAGAAGAAGCUAUCAAACAACACACACAUGAAGGUUGUACUCCAACAAAAGAUGAUGGGAAACGGAGUCCUGCUGACGUCAUGCAUCUGCUCAAGUCCACACUUUGCAGACAGGCGCGAGCUGACCACCAGGUCCAGGAUUUGCAGUUAGUGUGUGAAAGGUUACACAAGGAGAAGCAGACGCUCCAAGAGCUGACCGUCGAUCAGAAGUGUUGCCUCCAAGAAUCCGGACAGCUGUCACUCAAGUUGCAGGAGGAAGUGGCCCGCCUACGACAGGAAAGCAGUGGUUGGUCCGCAAAGAUGGAGGAGCUGGAGAAGUACAAGGAGGAGAUGUCAAAGGCCCACCUGUCCUUCCUCUACUCAAUUCAUCAGCGAAUGCUGGUGGGCCGUACAGUUCUCAAUGAACCCCCCAGCACGGCAGCAGCUUUCACCAGGACGGAGCUGUGUGAUGUCAUCAACCAGCAGGUGGAGCUGCUGAUUUCCGACAUCCAGGAGGCCAAAAACAAGGUAGACCGUCUGCAAAGCGUGUGCGAGGAGAAGAGCGCAUGCAUGCAAGAGCUGCAGCAGAGUCAUCAGUGCGUGUUAGCGGCCAUGGAGGAGAGGGUGAGGAUGCGAGAAGAGACCAAGAACAGCCGACACGCCCACGAGCUGCAGGUAAAUCACUGUGAGUGCCGCUCGCUUCGGGAUCGAGUCAGCUCUUUGACCUUUGACCUGUCACGACUCCACGACUUUCUCUCGCGGAGCCGCAAGAAGUCUUCCUCCUUCCUGUCAGCUUGUGCGCUCCUAGCUGGCGCGGCGGUGAAUGCCGAGCUGCGUGUGCGCAAUCUCUGCGAGCAGAAGCGUCUUCUGGCCGCACGCUUCGCGGCCAGAGAAGAGCUGGAGCAGGAGCUGAGGCGGUUGGCCGGCGCUCUGGGAGGAGACGAGGACGAAGGAGGUGGGCAGAGGAGGCGAGCAAGAAGACGUUGGAGGAAAUACGCUUGCGUGCUAUCGGCUGUCAGGCGGUUACGUGCCUUCGCAAAGAGGAGCACGGUGUUAUUUCGGGUGGAGAGAGGAAGCGGCAGGCCAGCAGUGUAUGUUGCAAUGGCAACUUUGAUGGGACAAGAUGGAAGCAAUGAUGUUGGCUGUGACGGUCGUGACGCCGCAUGCGUUCGCUGGCUUCGUUCCAAAUCUCUCUCCUCUGCCAUCUUGUCCUGCAUGGCAGACCUGCAAAGGGCGCUAGCGAGCACCCCUCCAGGUGUGAUGUCAGCGGCCCGGUCUGGGUUGUCGCGCCUCCUGGAUCAACUUAUCACUCCACCAGAAUCUGGCCCAGAGAUCCUGGAUCAGAUAAAACUGACCAGACACAGUCAGCCCCUUAGCAGCUUGAAGACCCUGGUGUCUGGCCUCCAACAGCACUUUCUGCUCUUCAGCCAACGGCUGCACUCUGCCGAAGUGGAGCGGCGGAGCCUGAGGCUUGAGAUGGCCCAACUGAGGAAGGCAGAACAACAAAGGGGACCUACCUGCAGGACGGUGAGAACACACACACACACACACACACACACACAGUGCACACAGCAAUUCCCAGCAUAUGUGCACUUGCUCAAGGUCCCAGCGCAGCACUUUCACAGUGUCUGCACAGAGCUCCGCCAGGCACUCAGCAGAGAACAGGAAGCUCAAAACCUUGUUCGGGAACAAUCAGCGCAACUCGAUGCUCUGCGGCUACGAGUCAAUGCGCACGCUGCUGAGCAGGCCAACACCCACCAUGCACUCAGCCACAUGGCGGAGAUGUUGGCGGAGGUUCGGCGGCGCCUUAAAGGAAAGGAGCGCUCGCUGAGGGUCCUGGCUAAACGCCUGUUGCGGGCUCAGGAGGAGAAGCGCAUCCUGCGAGGGCGUCUGCGACGUGUUGACGAGCAGCUUCAGGACGCUAACAGGCACCAGGAUCAUGUGAUCAACUACGAGAAUGCGGCGGGGCAGCACUACAAAGAGCUCACAGGCGGUCUCAUCCAAUCACUUUCUUGUCCGUCAGCUGAGCGCUGUCUACUAACCUCACCCGUCCAUCACGUGAAGCCAUCUGGAACAGACAGCAUCAUGGGAGCAUGUCAGGUGUCUGAUGUUCAAGCCCAGCCCACUCCUGGCCCGCAUCCACACUACCUGCCUCCAAAGGACAGGAAAUGUGUGAAGAGAGCAAAGGUUAACACAGGAAGGGAAUGUUUUAAAGGUUCGAGAAGUCCCAAGAUGCUCUUUUCCUAAAUCUUUGAAGCACUUUGAGUGCAUGCUUGCAACAAAAGUGACGCAUCAGCUCGCCCUUCAGCGAGUGUGCACCUCCUCAAGUCCUCAGGGAUCCACGCCUCCAGGGUUUUUGUGUGUGUGUGUGUGUGUGUGUGUGUGUGUGUGUGUGUGUGUGUGUGUGUGUGUGUGUGUGUGUGUGUGUGUGUGUGUGUGUGUGUGUGUGUGUGUGUGUGUGUGUGUGUGUGUGUGUGUGUGUGUGUGUGUGUGUGUGUGUGUGUGUGUGUGUGUGUGUGUGUGUGUGUUUUAAGUCGCACACAACUUGAACAGAACAACUUUUUUGCCUUGAUGGCUGCUCAUCUGAACAAAAAGGGGUCAAUAAACUUAAAAGGACAAACAACAGU